AUGGGUAGGAAUAAGACGGCUGCUCUGGGCUAUUUAAGGGAUCGGGUGCGGCGUAAGCUUCAAGGGUGGGACUCUAAAAUUCUCUCAAGGGCUGGUAAGGAAGUGUUACUUAAAUCUGUGGCUCAAGCUUUGCCUAGCUAUGCCAUGAGUGUUUUUUUACUUCCUUGGGAAAUAAGUAGAGAUAUUGAGAGCUUGUUGGCUAAGUUUUGGUGGAAAGGUUCAAGUGGUGAUGCAAGAGGCAUUUCUUGGAUGUCUUGGGAUAGGAUGUGUGACCACAAAAGUAAUGGGGGUAUGGGGUUUUGCAAUUUUAGAGAUUUCAAUUUAGCUCUCCUUGGAAAACAAGGACGAAGAUUCAUAACUAGGCCUAAUUCUCUUGCUUCUUGCAUCUUUAAAGCAAGGUAUUAUCCUAGGGGAAGUUUCUUUAAUGCGGAAUUGGGUAAUAACCCCAGUUUUGUGUGUCGUAGUGUGUGGGAGGCUCGUCCUUUAAUUCGGAAUGGGGUCAGAUGGUGUGUGGGGGAUGGUUCGGGAAUUAAUGUUUUGGGGGAACCGUGGUUACCUGAUCCGGAUAAUCCUUUUAUCAUUUCAGAUCACCCUGCUCUUCAGAAUGCAAAAUGGAAAGAAGGAUCAGGUGUUUAUUCGGUGAGAAGUGCAUAUCAGAUUUUGCAAGAAAGCAAAGGUCGGGGUGAUGAUGGGGCGGCUACAGGUUUUUGGAAGCAGUUAUGGGCACUAAAGAUACCUCCUAAAGUCAAAAAUCUGGUGUGGAGGGCUGGUGUUGCUUGUCUUCCAACGUUGGCUCAAUUAGUGACGAAAAGAGAGUCAGCUGAGAUGAGAUGUUUGAUUGCAACGUUGUGCUGGGCGAUUUGGGGGGCAAGAAAUGAUCGGAUAUGGCAGAAAAAAGUGGUGAGUGCUUCGGCUAUAGUGGCUUCAGCAAAAGGUUUUCUUGAUCAAUGGCAUAUUGCUCAAAAAUCUCAAAUUGAGACAUCUUGGUCUGGUUUACAGGUAAAGGAUGGGGUGGAGCAAUGGGCCAAACCUGUUGAAAAUAGUAUCAAGAUAAAUAUUGACGCGACUAUCUUUGAAGAACAACACCAUUUUGGUUUGGCAUGUGUGAUUAGAGACCAUAAUGGUUUUCUUUUGACUGCUCUCACGAGGUUGUUUCGAGGUGCUAUUCAUCGUAUGGUAGCUGAAGCUUUAAGCUUUAGAGAGGCUUUAAGUUGGCUCAAAACACACCAAAGACAUAUGGCCGUUAUUGAAACUGAUUGUUUGUUGGUUGUGCAAGCCUUGAGAAGUUCUAUUCAUACAAGUUCUCCGUUUGGUGAAAUUAUUACUAAAUGUAAGAAUUUACUUGCUCAAGUUAGAAAUGUUUCAUUUAAUUUUGUUAAACGGUCAGCUAAUGUAGUUGCUCAUGAAUUUGCUAGCAUCUAUGUUACAUCCUGA